AUGUCGUCAGACUACACAUAUGAUGAACAGGGUCAAUUCUUCCCUUUCUUCAUCUUAACAUUGAGCGGCCUUGUGACCCUCCCUCUUACCUACAACCUGCUUCGACCAAGCAAAGAACUCGAGAAUACUGCGCCCCGCAUCAAGUCCGACUUCAAGCCUGAACAUGCCGACCUCGUUGAGGCGCAAAAGCGCAAGCGUUUACGCAAGGAGCGCCGUAUCAAGCGCAUCGCAACAGUUGUUAUAGGAUAUGCGGUGAUGGCAUGGAUGGUCUACCUUAUCCUCGUCACAGCCCGAACCACCGCAAAGCUGUAUGACCCAUAUGAUAUUUUGGGAGUUUCAAGGAGCGCCGAUGAGCGAGCCAUCUCCCGCCACUACAAGCGUCUUUCCCUCGUUUACCACCCUGAUAAAGUCCGCCCCGACCCCGCCAAGAAUGAAACCAUUGAAAUGCUGAAUGACCGCUUCGUUGAGCUCACAAAGGCUUACAAGGCGCUGACUGACGAGGAAAUCCGAAACAACUACCUUCAAUAUGGACAUCCUGACGGAAAGCAAAGCUUCAGCAUCGGAAUCGCGCUGCCCAAGCUUAUCGUUAUGGACGGUAACGGAAAGUACGUCUUGCUGGUAUACGGUGCCCUGCUGGGUGUUCUUCUGCCCUACAUCGUUGGAAAAUGGUGGUAUGGAACUCAGCGCUACACCAAGGAGCGUGUCCUUGUGGCCAGUGCUGGAAACAUCUUCCGCGAGUACAAGGACGACAUCACAGAUAACGGCAUAAUGAAUGCUUUAUCUUCUGGUGAAGAGUUCAAGGAGGUCCUCAAGGGAGCCAAGGCCGAAUCGGGCCUUGCGAAGCUCGAAAAGAAGGUUUUGGCGGAGGAGACUUCGUUCCUAUCCGCUAAGGAUCGUGAAACUUUGAAGAGUUUGGACAGUGACACCCGUCGAAAGGCCCUGGCUUUGCUUUGGGCUUAUGUUGGUCGUGUUGAUCUCGGUGAUUCCACUCUGAAUGCUGAAAAAUACGAAGCUGCCCCCGUCGCCCUCUCUCUCAUUGAGGCAUUUACUGCCAUCUCUCUCGCUUUUGGUAACCUCCGACCCAUCAUCGGUGCUUACAAGGCCUCGCAAAGCUUGAUUCAGGCUGUGCCUGCGAACUCCUCUCCCCUUCUUCAACUCCCCAACUUCACCGACGCCGUUGUCAAGUCCGUGGAAGGAGAAGAUGCCAAGAACCACUUUACAGUCCAAUCUUUCAUGAAGCUACCCGAGGGUGAGCGACGUAUCCGCUCUCUCGGUGCUGGACUCCUUUCUGAAAAGCAAUACGCCGAGGCCAUCUCAGUCGCACAGCAAUUACCAGUUCUGGAAGUAUCCAAGGCAUUCUUCAAGGUUAUGGGAGAGAAGGUCAUUACACCAAGCAGUCUGGUACAGCUGGUAGUCAAGGCCCGAUUCAUCCCACCAGGUUGUACCUCUAUCCCAGCUGUUAACGAGUUGGAUCUAGAGGAUAUUGACCCCGAUGAUGAUGAUCUGGACGCUUUGAUGGGCCGCAAGCCGGCUAAGAACCGCACUACUAAGAUUGUUGAUGGCAAGACAGUGGAAGCCAAGAUUGAAAAGGUACAACCGCCACUUGCGCACGCACCAUACUUGGCUCGCGACCACUCUCCGCGCUGGCACAUCUUCCUCGCAGACGCCAAGCAAGGCAAGAUGGCCGUGCCUCCUUUCACAUUCACGACAUUCGACAAGCCGAUUCUCGACGAGGCCGGCAAGCCUACAUUCAACGUUCAGACCCUUAAGAUGCAGUUCCAGGCUCCUCCGCAGGUUGGCGACUACACAUUCGUCAUGCAUAUGAUCUGCGACAGCUAUCUGGGUCUAGACAAUAAGAUGGAGAUUACUUUACACAUUGAUGAUCCUGCCAAGGCAGCUGCCUUGGAAGAGGAGGACGACAUUAGUGAACCAGACGAGGACUCCAUCGCGGGCCAGAUGCAGGCACUGAAGACCGGUCAAGCCCCGAAGAAGAAGGCCCGGAAGGCAUCCGAUUCCUCCAGCGAGGAAGAGAGUGACACCGACGGCGACGCAGGCGAUACCAGCGACACUAACACAGAAACGGAUGUUGAGGAUUGA